CUUUAUCCAUAAUCCAUCCAUCCAUCCAUCCCAGUAUUUAAAAUUAAAAAGAAAUAAAUGGCCGAGAUUGCUUCAUCGGCGGCUAUCAUCGGACUCCCCGCAGUAACUAAGACGGCGACGACGGAAGUGGUGUCGUUUCCAUUAAUUAUCCGUUGCUUCGAUGGUCGCCGCCGUCUCAAGCCCUGCAAGGCAGCAAACUCCGGUGGAUUUUCCGUCGAGUCCGUGUUCAAGAAAUGUCAAACGUGUAAAGGACAGUCAGCAGUGGAGUGUCCAGGAUGCAAAGGAACGGGGAGGAACAAAAAGAACGGGAAUAUAUUUGAGCGAUGGAAGUGCUUUGAAUGCCAAGGAUUUGGAUUAAAGAGCUGUCCCACUUGUGGAAAAGGAGGAUUAACACCUGAACAAAGAGGUGAGAGAUGAUGAUCAUUAUUUAUUAAUUAAUUAAUUAAUUAAUUAAUUACUAAAUGUUUUUUUCAUGCAUAACUUCUUCUUCAAUCAUGUAAUUUUCAUAAUCAUGUCUAUAAUAAAUAAUAACUUCAUAUUAAGUGCAACAAGUCUGUAAUAUAAAUGCU